AUGGUGAAGAAAGCUUUGAGGAGUGACAGCAGGUUCACACUGAUGUACAGCAGCCAGAGGCACAGGAGGAGUGUGGCCCCGACCAGAUCCAUCAGGACCCGCAGCCAGGUGGUCCUCAGCAGCAGCUCCCUCCACACACUCCCCCCGGAGGUCUUCAACCUGAUCCUGGAUCAGCUGUCAGUGCUGGAGAUCAGUGUCUUUAGCAUGGUGUCCAAAGAGAUCAAUCAAUGCAUCUUGGACUACAUCUCCACCGUGGCCUGGAAGAAUAAAAUGAUCAUCCAAAGUUUUCACCGCUCCACCUACAAGGAGCAGUUAUCCACUAUUGGACACUACAGAAGUCUGGGUGUAUUAUUCAAGAGAUGUACACUUCUCCUACCAACAAAGGAAAGGUUGAAGUUUAUCUUUAAGACGUUCCCUCAGAUUCCCUGCUUUAUGUUAAGACACUGUCAAAUUCCCAACUGCAUCGGCUUCUCCAGCUGUGGUGUCUUUCUCAAGACACUGAUUGCAGGCUGGGACGAGCUAGAGUGUCACAGAGUGUUCAACUUCCUGUGUGAGCUCAAAAACCUGCUGCAAAAAGUGGAGGCGGUUAUCGCUGCAAAACCAGGGGUGAGGAGGUACCAGGAGGUGCAGUUCCGUCUGUUCUGUCGUCAGGUUCUGUUGGAUCCGUGGCUGAGUCAGUUCUGGCUCACACAACUUCUGAGGCCUUGGUCCGUGGUCACUCAGGCUCACUUGCUGUUCAUCCUCUACGGACCACAGCUGCCUGAGGUCUCUCUACAUGCAGGUAUUCUGGGUUGGCAGGGUCUGUUAGAGACAGGGCUGCCUCACACCAGCCUGUGGGACCUGGCCCAGGCCAUCCUCCUGCUGAAUGGCAAACUAGAAGUCAAAGGCUGGAGCAACGAAUCGAUGCUGGCGAUCCUGGAGGAGCUCAUCGUCAUUCCCCAGCCGUGGCAUGUGGAGAACGUGGCUCGUCUCUUGGUUCUGUGCGGCAGCAAUCUCUGCUACACCGUCCUGGCCAGCAAGGCCCUGAACGGACGCCUCCAGGAGAUCUCCAGACUCAUCGUCUACUAA